AUGUGGAUCAUCGUGUUAUUUUUCCUGACUGGUCCCGACUGGAGCGCGGGGUGCCAGUUGCCCCACGACUGGAGACCCCAGACGGAGGCGUGUCGCGCCGAGCUGGCCGAGAUCAUCGUGUUCGCCAAGGUGCUGGCCCUGCACCAGGAACCGUACAACUACCUGCCGUGGCAGAGCCACGCCGACUUGCUGUACUCCGCCGAGAUCGAGCUGUUGUGCGAUCAGGCGUGGGGAAGCAUGCUGGAGGUCCCUGCUGGGUCCAGGUUUAACGUCACGGGUCUGGGUUACUUCUCCUGCUACUCCUACAGUGUGACGCCAAAUAACAAUUACUACUUCUUCAUAAAGAUGGAUGAAAACUACAAUAUGGUCCCCCACGGAGUGAACUUCCAGGAUGCCAUCUUUCCAGACACGGUGGACAACCAUCACACCUUUGCCAGCCUUUUCCAAUUUGCCAACUGCACACCCGGGACUCUGGUUCAUAGCUACACCCCCGAGUGGGAGGCUCAGGAGGAUAGCAGGUUGUUAUGCUCCACGGUGCAGAAGGCUCUGUUCGAGGAGGAGGAGAAGGUGAACACGCUGUCUCAAAAAGUGCGUUCGUUGGAGAAGGCAAACGGCCACCUGAGGGAGAAGGUGAAGACCAUGAAACGUCUGCUGCGACAGGCCCAACGAGACGCGGCCAUGGAGCGGCAAACGCUCAACCUCAAGCAUCUCUACGAAUCCAAGACGUCCCGAACGCACCCCCACCAGGACACCACCCAAGACCGGAAGGAGCCCCCCCUCAAGAGGGCGCUGUCAAAAAGGUUGAAGAAGUAG